UCAGAGAGAAACAGCAGGAGUUUUCGUCUACUUGAGGACACACAAUUGAGACGCACUCCAUUUUAUUUUCACACCGAUGUGGCAUCGUUAGCUGGAACCUGGAAACAACAACAAUACCAAUAACAGCAACAACAAUAACAACAACAUACAAAGCUGAAAAGCUGCGGCAACAGCUAUCAAGUGGGCGGUGCUUGGUUACUCAAGCACAUAGAGUUGUCUCACUCGCACUGCAACCAAACAACUAGCGAGCAAGCGAGAUCGACUGAUAUAAGAAAUUGCCAUUUUGUUUUCAAUGCUGCGUCGACUGAGCCGCUAGCUGCGCUGCUGGCAAAUGCAUUGGUUUUACCGCUCCUUUCGCCAGUUUGUUUUUUCUCUUCCGAUUGAGCGGAAGUUGUUCUUCUCUCUCCGCCGCGCGCGUUUGAUUUUCGAAUAUUCGAUUUUCAACGAGAACGAGAACGAGAAUUUCGAAACAAAAUUACAACGAAAUUUAAGCAAAACAAAAAUUUUCAGUGAGCGAUCGCGGCAAGUGCAGUUCAUUUGUUUUCCAAGUGCCACAUCGCAAGAAUACAAAAAGUAAAAAAAAAAAGUAAAGAAAAGAAAAGAAAAAUAUAAGAAAAUAAAAAAAUUCAAAUAAAAAAUAGAGAUUGCAAUUGCCAAAACAGUGUACGUUCUCUUUCCCGCUUCCGCUCUGUCCCGCACUAUACAUAUAUGUAGCAAUCUCUCUCGCUCUAACUCACACUCUUCAACGGGGCCGCCAAGAAUUUAUGGAAUUUGGCAUUUUGUGGAUUUAGCGAAAAUAUUUUCAUUGAGUGCGCGCCGGCCGAAUGUUUGCUGCUCGUUUUCGUUUCAAAAUAAUCGCAGGAAAAGCUGCGAUCUCAAAAUCUCAACUAUUCACGUGCAAAUUCCCGCUGCGUCUAUCAUUUUAAUUACAAUUCAAAUUAACGACAACAACAAAACGAUAAUAACAUAAAUUAUCUGUAGUUAAUGCCUUUUGCAUUGAGAAUUGUGAAAUUGUUGAAUGUUUUCCAAGUAAAAGUGCACUGUAACGAAAUUUCUGUUGCUUUACGUUAGCUAAGCUGUAAAGAUUGUUGGAUUACGAUAAAAACUUUUAAGAGUUGGCCAUUCUUCUGCAGCGGCGGAAACGCGGAUGAGAAACGAAAUUGACGUUCCAACGCCAAAGGGAAAAACAAACAAACAAAAAAAAAAAAGGCAAAGCAAAUAAUGGAAAACAACUACUAACUGCAAUCAACAAUGUGGAAAUGAUAAUUGCAAUUGCCUGCAGAAGCAAACAAAGAAGAAAGUUCGGCGAGAGCAAAGAGGGGAAAGGAAAACUGAAGGAAAACUCCCCACCAAUGGGAAUGGCAAAUGAAUAGAAGAAAGAAGUUAAAAGUUAAAAAAAAAACAAACAAACAAAAAACAAAAAGAGAGAAAAGCAAUUAUAGCUCUUGAUACAAACGCGAUGGUGUUUUACAAUAUGUAAAUAUAAUUAGCCGAGCGGAGUUUUCAUUCCUGGAAUUUUGCCAGCCAACGAAACAAAUAAAUACAGCUACUAAAAAGAAAAAACAAGACUAAAAACCAAGCCGGUUUUAUAAUUACUCUUCAAACUCACCUCUCUACUGUUCCCUCUCUCUUUGCUAUCUCUCCCUCUCUCUGGAGAGAAUUCCUAUACCCGAUACGAUCCAAUUACAAAUCCAAUUGGAACUACGGUCUUAUUGGCAUCACAAUUUCCCCGUUUCAAGUGACAAUACCAAUUUAACUACCAUUCAUCGUUGCAAAACCGCAAAAACAGUGUCGCAGUGUUAGUGAGUGUACGCGCCAGUGUGUGUGUGUGAGUGGCAGUUGCAGUUGCAAGUGCGCUUGCCACUGCGACAAUGGCAGUGUCCUGCCCCGAAGUUAUGUACGGUGCCUACUAUCCAUAUCUGUACGGGCGCGCUGGACCAAGUCGAUCGUUUUAUCAGUAUGAAAGGUUCAACCAGGACUUGUACUCCUCCUCGGGCGUCAACUUGGCCGCCUCAUCGAGUGCCUCCGGCAGCUCCCACUCGCCCUGCAGUCCCAUUUUACCGCCUUCGGUGAGCGCGAAUGCCGCUGCAGCGGUGGCAGCAGCUGCCCAUAAUAGUGCAGCGGCAGCCGUGGCCGUAGCAGCCAAUCAGGCCAGCUCUUCAGGCGGUCUUGGCGGUGGCGGUGGCUUGGGCGGUUUGGGCGGUCUAGGCGGUGGACCGGCAAGCGGACUACUGGGCAGUAAUGUUGUGCCCGGCAGUAGUAGUGUGGGGAGUGUAGGGCUAGGCAUGAGUCCGGUAUUGAGCGGAGCGGCAGGACACUCGCUGCACAGUUCGCAUAGGACGCAUGCCCACGCCCACUCCCUAGCCCAUGCACACACCCACCCGCAUUCGCAUACACACACGCAUACGCACCAAACCAAAGAAGAGGAUCUCAUCGCAACGCGCAGCGAAGCUGAAGCACGCCUGGUGGGCUCCCAACAACAUCAGCAUCAUAACGAAUCAUCCUGCUCCUCCGGUCCGGAUUCCCCGCGCCACGCCCACUCGCACAGUCAUCCGCUUCAUGUGGGCGGCGGCGGUGGUGCGACGGGCGGACCUUCAUCAGCGGGCGGAACGGGUUCGGGCGGUGGCGAUGGAAGCGGCGGUACAGGAGCUAUACCCAAGAAUCUGCCAACGUUAGAGGCACCAAUGGGAAGUGGAGGCGGCGGAGGUCUGGGCGGUAGCGGCCAGGGACAAGCUCAGUAUCUAUCGGCCUCCUGCGUUGUGUUCACCAACUAUUCGGGCGACACGGCCAGCCAGGUCGACGAGCACUUCUCCCGCGCCCUCAACUACAACAACAAGGAUGCUAAAGAGAGCAGCAGCCCGAUGUCGAAUCGCAAUUUCCCACCAUCGUUCUGGAACAGCAAUUACGUGCACCCCAUACCCGCGCCCACACACCACCAGGUUAGCGACUUGUAUGGCACAGCGACGGACACUGGCUAUGCCACCGAUCCGUGGGUGCCACAUGCGGCUCACUAUGGUUCCUAUGCCCACGCAGCCCAUGCCCAUGCCGCCCACGCCCACGCCUACCAUCACAACAUGGCCCAGUACGGCAGUCUACUGAGAUUGCCACAGCAGUACGCCAGUCAUGGUUCCAGGCUGCAUCAUGACCAGCAGACGGCCCAUGCCUUGGAGUACUCCAGCUAUCCGACAAUGGCAGGCCUCGAAGCGCAGGUGGCGCAAGUCCAGGAAUCAUCGAAGGAUCUUUACUGGUUCUAAGCCUGACAGGGUACGACAUGAGGGUACCCAGGGAACCUUUAGCUAAUGUAAAAAGAUCCAAGGAUCCUUCGGCAGCCUCGUAUACCAAGCUUGACCCCAACAAAAAAAAAGGAAAAAAGAAAAGGUCGGGCUUUUCUGAAAACCGCUUCUUAAGCAAAACUGCAGUCUGUGUUUCUGUGUGAGCAAAACAAUAACAAACGCAAAGGAUUUUGAAAUUUAAUUUAAUUUUACCAUAAUGUUUAACGU